AUGAAAAAGUAUAUAAAAAAUAAUAUUAUUAAAAAUUGUUAUUCUUCAAGUAAAAGAAUAAAAAAUGCUUACACAAACAUAAGAUAUUGUAACCCUUUGAGGGGUAGAAUAUUUAUACAUAAAUUUAGCAGUAUAAAUAAAUCCAACAUAAAUAAUAAUAGUAAUAAUAAUAGUAAUAGUAAUAUAUGUGAUGUUAUAAAUAAUGUUUCGCAUGAUAGUAAUGAUUUAUAUUUAGAUAAACAAAAAGAAUUUUUAAGCAAUUUUGAUAAUGAUGAAUUAAUAAAUAAAACAAAAGAACAACAAAGUACUGUCCAAAUAUUUAACGAAAAAGAUAUUAUGAAUUCAAAGAACGAAUUGUUGUUAAGUAAUAAAACAUAUAAUAAUUUUAUAGAACAAUAUAAUGAUAUAAAAUUAAAAAAUAAGUAUAUAGAUAAAGAUAAAAUAAAUCGCUUUAGUAACAAUGUUACUUUACAUGAUGAAGAAAAAAGCUUAUGGGAAAUACUUAAAGAAAAAGAAGAUUAUUCAAAAAUGAAAAAGAAAAUUAAAACAUUUCAUAAAGAUAUGGAUGAAAAAAUUAAUAGAGAAUAUGAAAAAAUAAAAAAGGAUGAAAAAUAUUUAGAUAAUCAAAACAAUAAUAUGGAUAAGAAAUAUAAGAAAGGAAAUAAAAAUGUUAUUACAAAUAAUAAGAAAUUUCAAAAUAUGUAUGAUGAUACAUGUGUCUAUUCAGAUAAGGAGGAACAUAAGAAAAAUUAUAAUCAUUAUAUUAAAAAAAAUAAAAAUAAUAAUAUAAAUUUAGGAAAUAUAAAUGAAGAUAUUGAUACAUUUUUAAAAAAUGAUAAAAAAUAUAUCACCGAUAUUAAAUCGUAUGAUGAGAUAUAUCAAGAAGGUUUAUAUGUGCAUAAAAAUUCAAACGAAAAUUUAAAGAUGGAAAAUGUCGACGAACAUGUGUUAAAAAAAAAUGAUGAUAAAUUAAAUGAUCAUAAAGACGAAAUUGAUAUAAACCAUUUAAUUCAAGAAGAUAUGAAAUAUCAAACCGAUUUUUCACAAAUAAAUCCAUAUGGUAAAAAAAAUAAUAAGCUAGCUAGCGAUAUUUUAAUUAACGAUUUAAAUGACCCCAUUAAUAAUAAUAGAAAAUGUAAUGUGUCUAUGGAUUGGGAAAAAUCUCUUUUUAUAGAAGAGAGGGAUGAUAUAUCAGCAAAGGUAUGUAUAGAUAAAUUAUCAAGAGGUCAUUAUGAUGAUGAAAAAAAAGUGAGAUGUAUGGAUACUCAAAUAUUAGAUAAAGAAGAUAAUAAUAUAAUAUCAUCAGAUAACAAUAUUGUAGAAAUUAAAGCAAAUGAUGUUAUAAAAAAAAUAAGUGGAGAGAAUUUAAGCACAAUUAUAGAUGGUAAUAUUGAUAAUUUAAUUAUACAAAGAGAAAUAAAAAAAGAAAAAAAUGUAAAUGGAAUAAUAAACGUUUUGUAUAAUAAUUUAAAAAAUUGUGAUAUUAUAAAUUUGAGUAGUGCUUUAUUAAGAAUAUCAAAAUUAAUUGAUUCUUAUCAAAAAGAAAGCAUUAUAAGAAAUUAUAUGUUUUUAUGUAUUAUUAAAAAGAUUGAAGAAAAUAUGAAUAGAUUUGAAAUCUCUAAUUUAGUACAAUUAUUUUAUGCUUUUGUUAAAAUAGAAUAUUAUCCAUACUUUUUUAAUGACAUAAUAUUUGGUAUAAACAAUAAAAUAAAUGAAUUAAACACAAAACAAAUAUGUAGUGUGUUUUAUACCUUAAGUAAUAUAAUUAUUGAAACUAAUGAAAGUAGAAGUUUAAAAUUAAAAAUGAUUGAUUUAAUAAAAAGGAAUACUUCUAGUUUUAUUUGUUUAAAUGAUAUCAUUUGUUUACUUACAUCUUUAUCAAAAUUAAAAUAUAAAGAUGUAUAUGUAUAUUAUGACCUCUCUAAAAAAAUUGAAGAUAAUAUUGAUAAUUUAAAUAUGAAACAUAUAAGUAAUAUAUUAUGGGCUUAUAGUAAUGUAAAUUAUACAUCUAAAUUAGUAAAAAAAGUAAAAAAAAUUAUUGAAAAAAAUAUACAUGAAGCUAAUUAUUUAGAUAUUGUUAAUAUUAUUUAUUCACUAACAAAAUUAAAUGAAUAUGAUGAAUAUUUAUAUAAUGAUAUAUUUUAUAAUGCUAUUAAUAUAUAUAUACAUAAUAUGAAUAUAAAAAAUUUAUGUAUUAUUUUAUGGUCCUAUACAUAUGCAACUAAUAUAGAAAAACAUGAUUUAUAUAUUAAUAUCCUUACUAAAAUAAAUGAGAAUAUGAAACAUAUUACUACAAAAGAUAUUGUAUCGAUUUUAACUUGUCUAAGUCGAAUUAAAUAUAAUUAUAGAUAUAAAGAUUUAUUUAAUCAUUUAAAAAAUAAAAUUAUUAAAUGUUUAUAUUCUUUUACUCCUUUACAAUUAACAAAUGUUAUAUAUCACUCAUCCUUUUUAGAUAUUUAUGAUCAUAAGUUUUAUUAUUUAUUAAUUCAACAAGCAUAUCAAAUAAAAAAAUUAUUAUACCUAGAAAAUCUUACUCUAAUAUUAUAUGCUUUAAAAAAUAUAUGUUAUUUAAAUGUACACAAUUUUCAGGUCUUCCAAUUAAUAGCUUAUAUACUACAUCAAAUAAAAAAUAAGUACAAAUUAUUACCUGGAGAGGAUUGUAUUAAUAUUAUGUUAAUAAUCAAGGAUUUACAAAAGUAUGAAAACAGGGGUUAUUUCAGCUUUGCACACAUACCAAAAAAUCAUAUAAAUAAUAAUAAUUAUUAUCAUCAAAAUAAUGCUAAUAAUAAUAUGCAGGACCAAAAUAAUAUGCAUCCGGAAAAACAUAAUAAUAAAGUAAAUAAUAUAAUAAAUAUAUUUGACGAUAAUGUAGAUUUGAAAUAUGUACAUUUACAAAAUAAUAGAGAAGGACAAAAAGAAGUAGGAAAUGUUAUAGACGAAGAAGAAGAAAUAUAUUUACCAUAUGUAAAUGAUUUAUUAUAUGAACAAAUAAAAAUUAGAUUAAAUAAUUUCUGGCAAUUAAAUAUAAAGGAUGUUAAUAAUUUAUUAAUCAUUAUGAAUAAUAUGCAUAUGUAUGAUGAUGUUAUAAUAAAUAUGAUUAUGAGACAAAUUAUCCCCAUUUUAUUAAAAAGUACUAGUAUGGAAUUUUUAAUAUUCUUAAGUAAUAUUAAUCCAAAUAAACGUUUGAAAUAUAUUAUGCUAACACACUUAUCAAGAAGACCAAAACUUAUAAGUGUUUUUAAAAAGAAAAUUAACUCUAUUACUAGUCGUAUAUUAAAUAAUGUAGAAGAAAAAGAUCAAAAUUGUUUUUUAACUAACGGAAUUUUAACAUUUGAUGAAUCCAAUACACAAACAAACAAUACUAAUUGUAAUGAUAGAGAUAACCAUCUUGAAAUUAUUAAAAAUGAAAAGAUAUCACAAGAUACAUAUGAUAAUACAAGUAUAUAUAAUUAUAAUCAUCAAAAUAAAAAUGCUUUAUAUGAUAUAGAUAUAGAUAAAAAUAAAAUGAAAACCUAUGUAGAUAUGAAUAGUUGUAUAGCAUUAACAUAUGCAUGCUUUAACAUACAUUAUGAAGAUGAUAAUAUAUUAAAAUUAUAUGAUCUUAUAGAACAUAUGAUACUUGAAGAAAAAAAAGGUAUAAAUUCUUUUAUGUUAAUUAAUUUUAUUUAUAUAUUAACUUUAACAAAUAAUAAAUUGGAAUUAGCUAAAAAAUUAUCACAAGAAUAUAUGAAUUUUAGAUAUGAAACAGAUUUAGAGCAAAAAUAUUUGGAUAAAUCAAUUCAAAUAGAAAAUAAUGAUAAUACCAAUAAUUUUAUAUCACAUAAUGUAUGUAAAACUAUUAAUCCAAAUAUAAGUUUUAAUCUUUUAUAUAAUGAUGAACAGGAUAAUCUAUCAUUUAAUUAUAUAGAAAAAGGUGAUGAAGAAUGUUGUUUAAUCUUAUUAAAGUUAUUAUAUGUAAAUAUUAUAUUAAAUAAUUAUAAUUAUUUAUAUCAUAUUUUAAGUGAAAUAUCAAAAUAUUCAAAUAGUUCUUAUUCAUAUGAAUUUCUUACAUUAUCUAAACAAGUAUGUUAUCAUAUAUAUAAUUUUACAGAUUUUAUAUGUAAAAAUAAAGAUAUGACAUAUCUAUGGAUAAAAGUAUUUGAUAAUGUAUACAUUUGUGAGGAUAAUAUAUAUAUCGAUUUAAACUAUGAAAAAACAACUGUUAAUUUGAUAAACCAAGAAGAAAAUCAAAUAAUUAAUCUACAAUUGAAUAAUAAAAAAAUAUGCAAAAAUAUUGAUAAUAAUUUAAAUAUUGCUAAAUUUUUUUAUUAUAUAUUAAAUUUUAAUAUCGAAGAUAUUAGCAAUGGAGGGGCCAACCAUCUUAUCACCAAAAAGGAGAGGAAGAAGGUGAAAAUAUUUCACUUUGAUCAUAUUAUUACAGAUAUAUUGAAUUUCCUAAAUAUUGAAUAUAAAGGAUCCUAUACGCACGAAAAUAUUUACAACAUUUGUUGUUCAUUUCCAUACGAGAGACAUUUAAUCGAUUUAAUAUCAUACGAGGAUGUUUUAUACCCGUCCAACAAGCCAUUGUUAUCCUCAGAGCUCAGGCAAAAACAGUUAGCUUUAAAAGGUUGGACUGUACACUCAAUAAAUUUUCGAGAUAUUUACAACAGCAUAAAAGACAAAAAUAUUAUAAGCUAUAUUUUUAACAUAUGCAAAAAAAUAAAAAAAAAUUUAAAUACCUUAACAAGUCAGGAAAAAAAAAUGGAAGAAAAGGAUUUUUGGGAAAAUUUGAAAUAUGCCAAUAUAUAA